GCCUAAGCGCUUACCGGGCGCCAUUUUGUGUACUUCUCCACGUUGACCUUUGCAGUGGUUUUGAGACGAAACAUUGUUAUUCCUCCUAACAAAAGUAAUAAAACCACAGGAUGUCUCGGGAUCGUUUCAAGAACCGCACCGGAUUCCAGAGGCGAGGUGGUAUGAGCCCCCCGUUCCGCGGCGGCAACCGCAACAAUGUGCCCAACCGCCCGAACGGAGCGGGAAACCCAGUGGAGGCCCCCAAGCAACAGCCGACACCCUCGUCGCAGAGCCAGGUGACCACUCCGGCGCAGACGCCGCCUCAGAAGUCGUCCGCUCAGGGCUCGCAGAAGUCGCAAGAGCCCGACAAGAAGAACGGCGACGCGGCGACCGCUCAGGCCCCCGGCGCGGCCCGGAGCGGAGGCGGCGAGGGCAAGUCGCCGUACCCGGGAGGCGAGGGCCAGAGCCGGCAGCAGCGUGAGUCGAAGAGCGAGAGCGAGACUCGCCACGCGCAGGAGGUACUGCGGGCCCAGUUGUCGCUGCUCCGGAAGCCCGGCGAGAAGACCUACACCCAGCGGUGCCGCCUUUUCGUCGGCAACCUGCCCAGCGACAUCACCGAGGAUGACUUUAAGAAACUAUUCGAUAAAUAUGGCGAACCCGGCGAGGUUUUUAUCAACAAAGGCAAGGGGUUUGGCUUCAUCCGGCUGGAAAGCAGAACUUUGGCUGAAAUAGCCAAAGCUGAACUUGACGAUACACCGAUGAGAGGCCGGCCACUUCGCAUUCGUUUUGCUACUCAUUCUGCUGCACUGACUGUCCGCAAUCUUUCCCCCUAUGUCUCAAAUGAAUUGCUAGAAGAAGCUUUCUCUCAGUUUGGUCAAGUGGAGAGGGCCAUUGUAAUUGUCGAUGAUCGUGGGAGAUCAACAGGCAAAGGCAUAGUUGAAUUUGCUACAAAACCAUCUGCAAGGAAGGCACUUGACCGAUGCAGUGAGGGUGUAUUCCUAUUAACAGCAUCUCCUCGUCCAGUGAUUGUGGAACCAAUGGAGCAAUAUGAUGAUGAGGAUGGCCUUCCAGAGAAACUAGCCCAAAGGAAUCCAAUGUAUCAAAAGUGGGUUUUAAAAAAUCAAGUAGAACGAGAGCAUCCUCCUCGUUUUGCUCAGCAUGGAACAUUUGAGUUUGAAUAUUCCCAGAGGUGGAAGUCACUUGAUGAAAUGGAAAAACAGCAGAGAGAACAAGUUGAAAAGAACAUGAGAGAGGCAAGGGAUAAGCUGGAAAAUGAGAUGGAAGAUGCGUACCAUGAGCAUCAGGCAAUGUUGUUGAGGCAGGAUCUCAUGCGGCGCCAAGAAGAGCUGCGGCGCAUGGAGGAACUCCACAGCCAGGAAGUUCAGAAGCGCAAACAGCUUGAGUUGAGGCAAGAGGAAGAACGUCGUAGAAGGGAAGAGGAAAUGUUGAUGCGGCAAAGAGAAAAAGAGGAGAUGAUGAGGCGCCAGAGGGAGGAGAACUUCCGCAUGGGAUACAUGGAUCCUAGAGAGCGUGAAAUGCGAAUGGCUGGAGGAAUGACAGAACAAUAUACUACUGCAAAUCAAAGCUUUCCGCCAAUGGCUGCAAUGGCCUAUGAAGGCCACAGUACAUUAAGUAACCCUGGAGGACCUAGUGCGAUGACUGGACAGAUGAUGAGCACCAGCGCGAACACCAGCGACAUGGCAGGGCGUAAUGACCGCUUUGGACAGGGUGCCCCAGGUCCAAUGAAUGCUCAACCCCCACGUCCUAUGGGGCCUGCUGGUCCCAAUUUUAGUAGAGGGAGAGAAGAAUACGAAACAGCUAACAAGAAGCCUAGAUACUAAAAUUUAUAGCUUCACCUUAGUGUGCAUUCCAGAUAGUCUCAUUUAGAUGAGAACUCUUCAUAAUUGCGUUUUUUAGUUGGUGGCAAAGUUGCAUUUUAUGCCUAUUCAGAUUUGUGUAUUGACUAAACUUUGUAAACUGUAACAAUUCACGCUGGCACAUUGUGAAUGUUGAAUUAUGUCAAGCAAGUGAUAGUGCAAAUAGGCAUCUAUUCCAGUUCUUCAACUGUAAACUGAAGUGCCAUUAAAACCUCUAGAAAGUAUGCUCCAUGUAUUUUUGAGUCAUUGUAGAAGCAUGCUAAAUUGUGUAGGCUAAAUGCUUGUUUUGAAAUGGUGGAAUUCUGUAUUUUGGUCAUCUUUUUAAAUUAAAACUCAUUCAUAGUG